AUUAUUAUAUAAUCUCUAAUCCGUCUCAAGGAUUCACGUUCGAAGAAUUCACUUGACGAAUCUAAAAAUCCGAAAUUGUAUACACGUAAAAUACGAUAAUCGAGAUCAAACCUAUGAAGAGCAAAGCAGAGAAGGGGAGAAAAAAUUCUACACGUGUAACUCGUGGUUAUAUUUGUUCAGAGUAAUUUUGCUCUUAUCUGUUCGAGCAUAGAUCUGAUAAAAUUUGCGUUGAUGUACACAUCAAAGAUAUUGCUGGUUGCUUUUACUUUGCAUGGUCGCAAGAUAAUAUGCAAGGAAUACAAUGUCAGCUAAAAUUAUUUACACGACAACGCCAAGCUGAAAGAUAAUAAAUAAUAUUUUAUCUCACUGCCAAAUUGUUUGGCCGUCUGACAUGAAAUUAUUUAAUUUUUUUUUUUCUCUUGUGUCAACGUACACAGAAUACAGCUUGUGCAUGCUAUGAAACGUACCAUGGUAAAAUAGGUAUACGUAUCUCAUUAUAUUUGUUAAUUGAAUCCGAAACCGACUCAUCAUUGAAGAUCAACAACGAAGAUCAACAUCGAAGAUCAGAAGUUUAAGUAUUGAAUUUAGUGAAAAUAAUAACACAUUAGACAUUAGAUUUGAUAUAAAGCGCGUGUUCGCAGCUCUCAUUUCUAAUAAUCACAGACUAUACGCUAUGUUCAAAACUCUAAAAUCGUUAUCCCAUUCGACACGCUGUGAAUAUUAAAGCUGAAAUUAGGUCAAGAUGUACACUAGGGAUACAUUCUUUUACGUAAUAUGUUCGAAAAUAUUCGAAAACCUGCUAAAUAAAGUGAAAAAAGUAAGCCGCUACACGCAUCGGCGGACACGCGGUGAUGUCGCGUCCAAUACGGCGUUUGAAUUUGGGCGCCCUUUUCGCUCGCUGGUUCGGCAGAUGCACGAAGGUCAAAAGUAUUUUAAAAAUAAGGCCGUAAGCAUUAGCAGAUUGAUAUGGCAGUGGAUGUUAAGGGUCGGGUGGCGUUGUAAUGGCAAAAAGUUUGCGAAAGGGUUGGGACUGGAGAUAGACAACAUGGACCAACAGUAUUGCCUCCGGUGGAACAACCAUCCUGCCAACCUGACGGAUGUUUUAAGUUCAUUACUUGCACGUGAAGCACUUUGCGAUGUCACGUUGGCCUGCGUCGGUGAAACUUUCAAAGCCCAUCAGACUAUACUGUCAGCUUGUAGUCCGUACUUUGAAAACAUAUUCCUUCAGAACACUCAUCCGCACCCAAUAAUAUUCCUAAAGGAUGUUAACGAUACAGAAAUGAAAGCCUUACUGCAUUUCAUGUACAAGGGAGAAGUUAACGUUAGUCAACAUUUGUUACCAAUGUUCCUCAAGACUGCGGAAGCAUUGCAAAUUAGGGGUCUCACUGAUAAUAGUGUAAAUAACAAAACUGAACCGAAAAGCCCAUCCCCUGAGUCAGAGACGCAAACCAGUGCAAGGCAUCACGAGUCGCCCAACCCUACAUCACACCCAGAUAAAAGGAAACGAAAGAAUUCUGCCAGCUAUGAUGUCUCCUUCACUGGGCCCCCAAGCGAGAGAUUUCUAUCCGAUUCUCAGGGACAUCCUGUAAGUCUCUUAGGAGAGGAUGGAGGGCCGCCUACAGGUGCCCUCAGCGACGGCGUACCAGGAACAGAAUCAUCUGAACACCAGAACCCACACGAAAUGCUUGACGGACUUGAUGGUUCAAAAGCCUGGCACAUGCGGCUGACGUUUGACCGGGUGCCAGGCGGCUGCAACCUUCACAGGUGCAAGCUGUGCGGCAAGGUGGUGACGCACAUCAGGAACCACUACCACGUCCACUUCCCUGGCAGGUUUGAGUGUCCUCUCUGUCGUGCCACAUAUACUCGUAGUGACAAUCUGCGCACACAUUUUAAAUUCAAACACCCUGAAGCGAGAAAGAUUGAUCUUAAUGAUUUUAUGGCUAGUUCCUUGGCACUGGCUGCCCAUAAUGAUACCAUGAACACACUUUCUUAGGCGCUAACGGUAACGUUCCACUCUAAGAAGAGGGUUCGAUCAUUUUCAACACCAAAUCUAUAGGUUCUACGCUUAAAAAAAUAGUAAAAAUAAAUUGUUGAGCUAAGAUCUAUGAGGAAUGUUCAGGACCAAGAGGGCAGCCUUAUUUUUGGUCCAAAUGUUGUGGCAAUUGAAAACUAUACAUAAUCGGGAGCAAAUGUGGUGCCAAUUCCUCCCCGAGUUGCUGCUGAGUAGCGUUAGCAUGUUGGCCGCCGGAAAAUAUUAUUAAUAAAAGAAGGAAAAAGAUGAAAAAAAAGUAAUUCAUUCGAUUUGCAGGGUGAGUCAUAUAGUUGUUGAAAGUUUUUAGUUGAAUUUCAUAUUAGAUUAUAUAACUAUAAUUUCAAGUCAAUAGCAAUAUUAAAUACUAUAAUACACCUUAAAUGUUAAAAUUUACUAAUCAACAACGAAAAUUCUGUCCUACGUAUCGCCAAUUUUGAUAUAUAUAACUAACAAAAAAGGAAAAAACCACACACAAAAGAAAAAGAAGAAAACUUAUUCCUUUCUCUAAUAUGAACUUUGACUAUAAAACGUUACUUGUUACAAACACCUAAAGUCUAUAUAAUGAUAAAACUGCACACCGCAACUGUAAUGCAGCAAAUAGUGGAAAUUAUGAGACAUUCCACGAUUGGGACUUAAAUCUGUAGGCAAAAAAUAAUUAUUAUUGUAUUGGAUGAUUUAUAGUACUAUAUUUUAUACUUUAUAUAAUCUACUGUUAUAUUCUACAUUGGUUGGAGAUAGUAACGUUAAAACACAAUUUAUCCAAGGGGUGGUUAGAUAUUCACAACAUCAUUGCACAUUAAUAUUUAAUUGGUUGGGGUGCAAUUCUGUUCUUUUUUUUUUUAAACUAUAUUUUUUUUGUCUCUUUUUACAUGAAAACAUGUACCAUAUAACGACCUAUAUUCUAUUGAUGACAAAUACGCAGUCCAAUAGCUAUUCAAAGAGCAAUGUUCAGAAAGUUACUGGUAUUCAACUAUCUUAUUUCUAAUUUCAUUUCUUAUAUAGCACUUUGCAUAGUUAUGGCUACAUACAUACCUAUAAUUUAAUAAUAUAUAACCAGAAUAUUAAUAUAUUAUGCAGAUUAUUAAGUAUAAUAAUAUAUUGAUAAUUUAUUUAAUAUUGUUUUAUUGUUUUAUGAUUUUAUAUAUUCUAUUACUGUUUGAUGAAGGCGUAUACAGCUACACAUAUUAAUUUAUUAACAUUGAAGAAAUGUCACGAUGCACCGUAGGCCUACCCCUGGCAGACCAAACGCUGGUUCUUUAUUAUUAUUUCAAAGAUACGGUCAAAUACUACACUGUAGUUGUUCUACAGUAGCUCAUACUCCAGCUUACCAAAUAUUUGCCGGGCGUUUAGCUAAAGAAAACCCUUAUUUUUCUUCGGAAUGAUAGAAAUUCAUCCACUUCUUCUAAUCCAUGUUGUUUGUUUAAUAUUUUUGACUAUAAGAAUUCAUAUUUUAUACUAGAUUUCGUUACGAGUUUUCGACACUCGUAAGUGCUAUCUCAAGCGUAACUUUUGUCAUCAAAAGUCGCGUGAGAUAGCUCUCUCGGAUAUUUUGCAUUAAUUUUCCAUAAUGUUGGCUUCGAUGAAGAAAUACUCGGCACACAGAUUUCACAAACAAACAGCUUGCACUAUCGCAGGCUACUUGGCUGUUAUUGAAACUUUUAUUGAUUAAAAUUACUACUACAUAUAGGUAUUUAUAUAUUUACAACUGCGUGGUGUGGAGUGGAACAUUGUGAUAUAAUAGAUUGGUGCUAACACCUUAUUGAAAUUGAGAAGAAUUUAAAGAAAUCGUGCAAUAUUGCGAUAGUAUGGAGCGAGGGGUUAUUUCUCAAUAACUAUAUUAAGUUUUCGAUCGUCAAAAAAAAAAGAGCAGAGGCUCAAUGAGGUCAUACAUUUGAAAUUAUUAAGAAUUCGUGUACAUAGGAAAUGUGAUACCACGACAGGGGCAGAAGAGUGGGUGGGGGGAGGGAACAGAAUUAGCCAAGUAAGGGGAUUAAACUACCAUAAAUUGAUAACGGCAGAGAACGCAUUCAACCGAUGCGAGACAAGCUACGAUAGUGCGGACAGAAAGAAACUAUGGCUGUGCAAGAGAACAUUAUGAGUGUAGUUAAAUAGGAUAGGUGUAACCUAGGGACUAGGCUUAGCUGAUAGGAUAAGGGUACGUUAUUGUUUCAUUUUACACAUAGAAAUCUUGUUGAGUGAUAACACCUAGCUCCUUGUACAUUAUUAUAUUAAAUAAAUACUAUUAUUAAUAUCUCUUUAUAUAAUAAUAUAUACAAAUUACUAUUAAUUAUUAUAUAUCUUCAAAAGUUAUUACAUAUAUUAUGUUAUUUUCGUGAAAGUUGUAUAUCUUGUCGGACUAUUCCUACAAGUACGUUUUCAUUCUCAAUCUGUUACUGCUAUUCUAAAGAAAUUGUGAUUUUGCACGUGAAAUUUAGUUUCAAACCUACUCAUUGUUAAGACAAUGUUUUGCAUUUUUUACGCAAUAGCAGGAACAACCCAAUAUUGGAUCCUGUAUUACUUUUUUUUUUUUAUGUUAUCUUUUUUGCCAUCUGAUCUGUCGCCUUCUACCAUGAAAUUACGACAUUGCAGUUACUUACCGGACACGUGCUGUAUUGUAAUUUGACAGCAGCAGCACACUGCGGCACUAUACAUAACAUAAACGAACUGCUGAAAGUCUAGAGCUACUACGCUACAUUUAUACUACCGUACCCUAGUAAACAUUAUCUUAACAUUUAUUAAAUCUUUUAUUACAUAUAACAAAUAACGAAAGAUCGUUUUACUAUACAUAAAUCAUUAUAUAACUUUGGCUCGAAACGUACAAUAGGCACAUAUUUCUGACCAUGCAGAUAACUAAUUAUUAAGAAUAACCGAUUUUAUUACAAAAAAUUAUUAUUAUUCUAACAUAAUUCUUAUGUUACAUUACAUUAUACAUUUUAAUUAUAAUGUAGAUAAUAUGAAUGAAAAAAAAAUUAACCACAUGUGCAUUUAAUGUAUUUCUACUAAUUUUUUGAUUAAACAUAAUUGUGUGUUAA